CCUAACUUACUGGACAACACAGUGAACACAAACAAACAAACCCGCAACAAUGUGGUUGAACCCAGACGCCCCUGUAGCUCCGUACUCUGGGUGUAUCCCUGAGACUGGAUAUUCUUACAACACCCAACCUUCUCCAGCCUAUACUCCACCCCUGGAUAUACAUUCUAGAUAUUCUCCUCCACUCUACAACCAGUACUAUGCUCAGAACCAAUCUUAUCUUCCUCCUGUACCCAGUCUAGUACCCGGAGAAGAGUUUCAAUUCCAUCCUACAGAUUCAGUUUAUCCAUCUCAACCUACACCUUCAUAUUCUUCUCAUUAUCCUUCCAAUCUAGCUUCACAAUAUCCCAAUACAGGUUCUCUCAGUGGAUCAGAAGCACCUGGAUACGUUCUUCCAUCUCCUUCUCCGUCAUUCCCCUCUGAUACACCAUCUCCAGGUUCUGGCUGUACAGAGAGAAGUCCAACCCAUGUAACUGAUCUAGAUAGAUACAACUAUACAUAUCCAUACAUGGGAGAGGAUACAGGAUACUAUGGAUACAAUAAUAUCAAGGAGGAGCCUAGUACAGUAUACAUGUAUGGAUAUUCUCAACCCCCUGUAUCCAGUAUAUCAAGUACAGGUCCAACUAACUAUCUUGGAUUAGAUCUAAGUUUAUAUUCUCCGGAAUCUGAUCAACCCAAGAAGAGAAGAAGAAGAACAGUAAAGAGAACUCCAGUUAUCCAUACUUGUCCUCAACAGGGGUGUUCUAAAGUUUAUAACAAAGCAUCUCAUAUGAAAGCUCACAUGAGAACCCAUACUGGAGAGAAACCGUAUCUAUGUACAUGGCAGGGUUGUGGAUGGAAGUUCUCCAGGUCUGAUGAACUAGGGAGACAUAUGAGAAAACAUACCGGGAUCCGUCCUUAUAAAUGUAAUAUGUGUGAACGUGCAUUUGCAAGAUCAGAUCACCUUGCUCUCCAUAUAAAAAAACACUUGGAGUAAAUAAAGACUUAUCGUUUGACUUAUGAUGAAAGAAAAUGCUUCAACUUAAACCCAAUAUUGGAGAAUUUAUCCUACAUUUCCUCCAAACCGGAGAAGGAGAAACCUGUGAUUCUAAAAGAAGAGAAGAACGAGAGAGAAAUAAUACUCUUUCAAAACUUUAUCACGAACUAUGUAAGGUUGGACCAAACCUGUGAAAAAUGUAGAUGUAAGAUGGGACUUUCUCUGAGCUCAAAACCUCUCUCUCUCUCUCGACUCAACCAUAUUCAAAUCUUCUUUGGUUGAAUCUCACUCCAAACCUCUAGUCUUUCAAUGUUUACAUUUAGUUGUUUUAUUUUUACAUAUUAUUUUGAUAUUAUUGCACCUUUAAUAAAUUUGAUCUCGCUA